ACAACGAACGAAUUAUUCGGAACGCGUAUCCCGCUUGCUCCAGCCGGCAUCCUUCGUAAUUCGUCGAAUCGCCACUGGCGCCCACACUUCAAUCAAUACAAAUUUUCUGCUCCGUCAAGUCGCCUGCCACUAAUAUUACAACGCCGGAACGAGCUGCGCCCACGCGUUUCGCACGUUGGAAAGCUUUUCUUCGAUCGUUGUUAAAAAGCCGCGAUUAAUACGGCACUUUCUAUUACACAAAUACGUACAUAUUUUUUUCUUGAAGACGACAAAGGGCUCGUAUAAUUUGCAGAAAGUCGCAUUCGCUCGGUCGAACGGUCCAGGCCGAGGAGAGAAACGAUACCGGUGGUAGCUGAUAAUAAACAGGCAGGGCUUGCACAAGUGUUAUUCGCGUGUGCAUCGUCGGGUUGGAGAGCGUACUCGCUCACGUACGUAGAAGAGAGAGAGAGAGAGAGAGAGAAAGAGAGAAGGACGGUGAGCGUGUGUGGCAGCGCGUUCGUUCACACGAACGCUAUAGAAUCGUACCAACACGCAAGCGCGAAGGCGCGUCCGCGUGGAAAACUCGGGGCAGGAGGCGAGAGUGUUCACCUUAAGGCCUUCAGUCGAACGUUGUCACGCGCGCUGCGCGUAUCUACGUACGGUCUUCUCCCGUCUUUUCUUCGAACGCCUUAUCAAUUUUCUUCUCGGUCCUCGGUUUUAUCGAUCAUCGAUCGUAACUUCCUCUCGAGUGCCGGUGUGCCGGACGGACAAUCGCCGUGGCUCCGCUCCCUUUUGUUUCGUCGUUUCUCGCACGUGCUUGGAUACAAAAUGGCAGGAGGAGAAACAAAAGCGUAGCUGGAUUUAUUAUUUGUCGCAACAUCGCCGCGUUGUCCUCGCUGAAUCGAUAGCGUUCCGCGAUGUUGAUCAGUAGCAACGGUGGAACCAAUGCGAGAGGAUCGCUUUCCAUUUCGUGCGAUUCUAGAAUGCUGACGAACUUUGGUAGCAACGACAGCAUACUCGGUUAUCUUACUGUCAAAGAUUCGCAAGAUGUCGACCUGGAUGCGAUUCUCGGCGAACUGUGCGCUUUGGAGCGGCGUUGCGACGGCGAUAUCGCGGCCACUCCGGCGCAAGACUCUCAGAGGCAAGGACGUCCGAAUAACGGAAGGAUCACCGCCACCGAUAACACGGAUAUCGGCAAAAAUGAAGGUGGCAUUCGCACGGACAGCCCCGACAACGACAGCGCAUUUUCGGACACGGUUUCGAUGCUGUCCAGCGAGAGCUCAGCGAGCAGCAGCGGCUCGGGACACAAGCCACCUCAGACCGCCAUGCACGCGGCUCCUCAGCAACAGCCGCAUCAGCUUAUGGACGCCGCGAGCAGAGCGAAGGCCGAGAAGAUACGGCUGGCGUUGGAGAAGAUGCGAGAGGCCAGCGUCCAAAAGCUCUUUAUCAAAGCUUUCACGUUGGACGGGAGCGGCAAAAGUCUCCUCGUAGACGAGGGAAUGAGCGUAGCUCACGUUUCGAGGCUCCUCGCGGACAAGAAUCACGUGCCAAUGGAUCCGAAGUGGGCCGUGGUCGAACACUUGCCGGAUCUUUUCAUGGAAAGAGUAUACGAGGAUCACGAGCUAUUGGUCGAAAACUUGUUGCUGUGGACGAGAGAUUCGAAGAACAAGUUGCUCUUCGUCGAGAGGCCGGACAAAACUCAACUCUUCCUCACUCCCGAAAGAUUCCUGUUGGGCCCGUCGGACAGGUGUAGCAACGAAUACGACGACCAUUCGCGCAACAUUCUAUUGGAGGAAUUUUUCUCGAGCAGCAACGUUGGCGUUCCCGAGGUCGAAGGACCGUUGUACUUGAAAUCCGACAGCAAGAAGGGCUGGAAAAAGUAUCAUUUCAUAUUACGAGCGUCCGGCCUUUAUUACUGGCCCAAGGAGAAAGCUCGUACCGCCAGAGAUCUCGUAUGUUUAGCCACGUUCGACGUGAACCAAGUUUAUUACGGCGUCGGUUGGAAGAAAAAGUACAAAGCACCGACGGAUUUUUGUUUCGCCGUAAAGCAUCCAAGAUUGCAGCAACCCAAAUCGACGAAAUACAUAAAGUUUUUAUGCGCGGAAGACAACGCGUCUUUGGAGCGAUGGAUGGUCGGCAUUAGAGUGGCCAAAUACGGUAGACAGCUAAUGGAGAACUACAGAACGUUGGUGGACGAGCUCGCGCAAGAAGACCUCGAUCUAUUGGCCCACGCGAGAUCGUGUUCCGUCAGCUCGAUCGCCGUACCACCUAAUCAAACUCAGUAUAACACGACCAACGACAACGCGAGGCAAUUCAUCGAAAACGCGAGGCACGAGACCCAAGCGACGACGAGGCAAUACGACGGUCAACGGCAAAGUUACAAUUCGGAACAGCGACAAAGCUACAACAACGACGGAAGGCUUAGCAGAGCCAGCAGCUCGAGUUCCAGCGGAUGUUUGUCCGAUGGAGCACCGAGUAGUUGCGAGGUGGCUUUCGAGUGUGGAGAAUUUCCAACCGGAACGAUAAAGCGAAAACCUUCCAUGAACCCGAAACUUCCGCUGACGUCGAUCACGAGGCAAUUGAAGGAAGUGGGCGAGACUGUACGCGACGAGCCGGAUUCUUGCCCGAGUCCGACCAGCUCCGGUUCGGGUACUUUGACCAGAAGACACAGCCGUAGGAGAAGCGGCACCGAUUCGGACGGGUCGGGCACUUUGAAGAGACAUCAUAGAUCCGGCAACGCUACUCCGGUCAGUCCUGUACCGCCCGGGACGCCGGUUAGGGAGAGAGCCAGUCCUAUGGGAUACGGGCGAACGGAGAGUCAAGAGUCCAAGACGCCGACCAGUCCUAUACAACCGUGUAUGAUGGAUUCUAUCACGUCGCUGCCACCUCCGCCGUCGCCCUCGAGAGUCGCCGAGGAGGGCGAAUCGGACAGCGAGCCUUUACCGCCACCGCCGCCGGAAAUGUUUCGUUCGAAUCUCUCUCUGGACUCGUUACCGCCGCCGCCAGGGGUAGGCGAACUUCCAGUUUGCAACACGCCGGAAUUGACCGGCUCCUCGUUGAGUCUCGCCUCCUUACCGCCGCCGCCGAGUCCUCUGGUCGGCGAGACCGGCACGAUACGCCGCGCGAGACCGAAAACCUCGAGCCCGUCGAAUUCGAUGACUCCCGAGAGCACGCCGACGCACGCCGCUUCCUCCAGGCCAUCCAACAGCAGCAGCAGCAGCAGUAGCAACAACAGCAAUAGCAGCAAUCAGCAGACGUAUACGAGCGCGAGUAUCGCCACGCAAAAUGCCUCUGCUCUUCAAAACAGUCAGAGUUACGGGAGCAGCAACGCGACCAACUCGUCGAAUUCUCCACACAGUUCCUAUCCUGGCUCGAGCGCCAGCACGCCGACUUACGCGCCGAGUUCGCCGAGUUUCGCGUCCCCGCCGCCCUUUGUCCCGCCUCCGGCUUACGGUUCUCAAGCGCAGCACGUCGGCACGCAAAGCUUGACGAGACAAAACUCGAAACCCGAGUCGAUCUACGGGAGCCACCAGAGCGGCCACAACACCGUACCAAAUCCGAUCAGGCCGAAUCCGAACAUGGACACGGUCAGAAGGAGUGCCAUGAAGCAAGGUACGAGCCAUUACGCCGCGCCGCCCUAUCUCGCCGAAUUGAAAGCGGCAUCCAGCCCGCAACCGCAGCGUCGAGUGACCAUCCAAGAACCACCGACGUCGCCCAAAUCGAAAAGCGGUACGGGCAAAAAGAUCACGUUCAAUUUACCGGCGCAACAGGAACCCGGUAGUCCGGCGUUGCCGCAAAGAAAGCCGAUGCCACCGAGAAGAUCCGACAGUACCAGAUUGACCUCGCCGAAAAAAUUAGCUGCCUCGGACCAGGCACCGCCCGGCGACUUUUUGAAGGAUCUCCAACGCGUCAUGAGAAAGAAAUGGCAGGUCGCGCAAAAGUGCAAACUCGACUCGACCACGACGCCUCACGAGGUCUUGGGUUUUCGAGAUCCGCCGCCGGCCGUGGCCGACUACAGGGAGACCAACGUCUCCAAUUGGGUGCAGGAGCACUACGGAGUGGACAAUCUCUACGAGAACGUUUACACGACGGAUCCGCAUGCACCGCUCGAGUAUGCCUCGAGUCCCGCUCGUCAACCUACCGUCAGAUUCGCCGACGAAAAUCGUAGCAUCAAUAUCGUCAACGCGAUCGCCAGCAAAAGGAGACCGCCCCCGCCGCCACCGAAAAGGGCGGAGACCACGCAUCUGACCACGACCAGGGCGAUGCACUGACAAUAGCAGAUAAUACAACCUCAUCCGGAGAGGCGAUGGUAUUGCUGCUUGUGCGGCUGGUGGAAGGACUGAGAAAGGAGGAUUUUUCGCCGUUUUCUUCCAUCUCUUUUGCGGUCCUGCGCAGCGUUUGCUUCGACGUUGCUUCGCCUCGCUACCUGAUUUCAAACGGACUUCUCUCUCUCUCU